AUGUACAGGCAAAAUUGUCUCUUGCUAGACAAGUCCGUGUUUGCGGCAAAACGCCGCGUAAUUACGCCUAUUCACCCGACUCCCAACUUUCCCGCGCACUAUGUUAAGGCAGCCUUUACAACGGACCCUCUGAAAGAAAAACAGAAGGUCCGUUUUUCGUCUGGUGGUGAUGCCAUGCGUGAGGUGCAGGACAUCCCGAAGAACCUAGAAGGCGAGCGAUCACGAGCGGAACUGGCUAACCGCGGUGACACGGAGUUUGAAGCACUCAUUGAGUUCAUUCGUGGGGCCUCCUACGAUCAACUCAUCUCGGGCAGACGGUUUAAGAAGAUCUACGCUAAGCUUUCGGAGAACGAUGACAUGUUUGUGUGGCUCUGUCACACCGCGAUGUCCGUUCUCAACCCCGGUGACGUGCGGUCGCGUCUCGUCUACAACCACCUCAAAGCCCUCGCGGAGGCUGUGGCGAGCGGGGAGAUGACGCAGCGCACAGCAUUUCGCUUUUACGAGUCAGCCGUGCGGAGCCCUGCGUACCGCGAGAUUGCGGCGCGGCAGAUGGAAAGCGGGGCGGCCACACGGUUGGCGGGUAUCAGCGCGGCUGCGGAUGUCAUGCGCGAGAUGGGGCUCACGCGGCGGCCCAUGUCCUCGUACUUCGAGCUCUACCAGCGCAUCGUUGAGCGGAGCGAGGUCAUGACCCCAUGGGGCUUCCCGCCGCUCUUCCAGUUUGAAGAGCGCCUUUCCUUGGAGCCACGGCUGAAGUUCUUCUCCAGGACCGCGCAGCAGCAGCUGGAGCAGCGCCGCCGGGGAACGAUCUUCUCUCCGCACACAAUCUUGCAAAAGAAGAGAAUCUUUUGGAUUCCGCCAACGUGGAAUCGAGCCGGACGGUACCUCGGGCCGCACGUAAACCUGUACCCUGGACUGACGCCCGACUAA